AUGAGUUGGCCAUAUUUACUUGUAGAGGGAGUUACACAAGAGGUUGGACGAGUUGUACUUGAAAGUUAUGAGGAUGAAACUGAGAAUAACCCAGGAUCAACGUUCCUUUCAGACAACUGUCAUAACGAUAAUACAGCGGAAAAUGAUCAACUGUCGACUAGGAGUCCACCAGUUGAUUCGGCACUACCUAACGUGACCGCUGAUAUUCAUAACUCGGAAGAUGAAAAUGAUGAUCUUGAUGAAGAAGAUCCUUAUAAUUAUUGCGAUAGCAGUGAUACACAAUCAGAAGAUUUAAAUGCAAUUAAUGAUGACAAUCAUGAUAGCAAUAGCGAAGAAGUAAGCGUCAACAACAACGGUAUAGAAGGCACAGAUGAGAAUCCACGUAACUUUCAGGACCAAGAUAAUAAUGAUCAUACGAUUCAUGUUCCUGAUUCAGAUAAAAACGAGAUUCAUUAUCCAAAAUCCGUGUUAGUACGAUCUUUAUUGCUUUUAGCUGUUAAAAUGAGGAAAAAUAUAGAUAAUGAAACCGUUACAUACAUUUCCAAGUUAAUUGAUGCUAUCGCCGAUGAACCAUUAUGUUAUAACUCUACGUAUCAUUUUAAUAACAUAAUUAAUCAGUAUACCGUGCCGAUAGAAAUUCAUCAUUUAUGUUCGAAUUGCAAGAAACAUAUUGGUUCAGAAUUAUAUUCAUCGGAUGCUGAUUUGUUGGAGUCGGAUGAUGAAACUGAACAUCCAGCAUUGCACUGUGACAAAUGCAAUAUUGAUAUUGACUUGAAGCAAAAUAGGAACAUCGGUAAUAUAUUUUUACAUUUAUCUCUGACGCAGCAAUUGCAAAAAUUUUGUGAACAUAAUCAUGAAAAUCUCAUGUACGCAAAAAAUCGGUCAAAGCAAUGUUCAUACGCAAUUGAAGAUAUUUUUGAUGGACAUUUAUAUCGAAAAAAUAAUUUCGAUGACUUACCAGACGAUAUAAUUACGUUGAAUUUUAGCGUUGAUGGAACUCCGUUAUUUAAAGCUUCGCAGACUUCCAUAACUCCUGUACUAUGUACAGUUAAUGAGAUUAAUCCAAAAAUACGCAAGAACCAUAUUAUUUUGACAAGUUUAUAUUUAGGUACUGACAAACCUGAUAUGGAUGAAUACUUAAAACCUUUCGUUGAAGAAACAAAGAUAUUAUUUAAUACUGGGUUUCAAUAUAAAUAUAGUAACGUUGAGUACCACAAAAAAUGUCAAAUUUUAAUUGGAAUUUGUGAUUCUGUUGAGCGACCAAAAUUGAGAGGAUCUAAAUCAUUUCGUGGGGAAUAUGGUUGUGGCUUAUGUAAGCAUAAAGGAGAAGAAAUCGCGAAAGGUCGCGGCUAUGUUCGAAUAUUCCCAAUAGAUGAGGAUGGUAACGCUCACGGAGAAGGAUUACGAUCUCACACAGAGACAUUAAUUCAUGCUAAUAAUGUUGAAAAAGGCAUAAAACAUCGUUCUGUAUUGUGUGACAUACCAAAAUUUGACAUUAUUAAGAAUUUAGCACCUGAUUGGAUGCAUUGCGUCGCGCUAGGAGUCUGUAGACAAUUUUUGAAGCUUUGGUUUGAUUCCAGUUACCAUGAUAGAGAAUUUUAUUUUGGCAAUCAUAUUUCCGCAAUUGACAAACUACUACUGUCUUUCAAACCAUCAAUGGAUGUUUCAAGGACUCCAAGAACGAUGUCAAAGGAUAGGUUACAUCUAAAAGCGCAUGAACUAGUUAUAUGGCUACUAAUGUAUAGCUUACCUAUCUUGAAAUUAUUUUUACCGAACAAGUUUCUCACACACUGGAGUUUAUUAGUUGAAGGAAUUUCAAUAUUGUUAAAAACAUCUAUUACAGAAGUAGAUGUCUACUGUGCUCAAAGAAAUUUAUUUCAAUUCGUGAAAGAAACUGAAGAACUAUACGGAAAAGAACACAUAUCAUUCAAUCUGCAUUUAUUAACGCACUUACCUGAAAGUGUUCUCAAUUGGGGACCACUAUGGACACAUAGUGCGUUCUGUUACGAGAACUUUCAUCAAUUUUUAAAAAAACUUGUUAAAAGCUCAAAUCAAGCUGACCAACAAAUAUUGAAAUCGUUUCGAUCUCAAAUGGCUUUCUACAAACUACUAGAUCUCUGUGAUGAAAGUUUAACUUUCCGCCAAAGGAAAUUACUUUGUGAAUUAACAAAUAAAAAAAUCCUUCAAUAGCAUCAUUAGUUGUAGAAGAUAUAGGUCUUAUAGGACAGUCAACAUCUGUCCAAGAAUUAUCUACAGAAUACUUUUUAACGCUACAACGGAUAAAUUUAGAUGUCGACAAAGAUAGUACAAUACAGUUUUAUCAAAGAAUACGAAUCGAUAGGAAAAUAAUUCAUGCUAAAGAAUAUACUAAAGUAAAAAAACGUAAUAGCUACACAGUACUCUUGAAAAAUGAUGAAAUAUUUGAAGUGCAAACUUUUUUGCUGGUUGAAAUUCAAAAAAAGCUUACAUGUUUUGCAAUAGGAAAAUAUUUUAUAAAAGAAAAAAAAAACUCUAAUAACUGGUGUAAAGUUAGAACAUAUGUAUUUUAUUAAAAUGUAUAAUCAUUUAGCAGCUGUUAAUGCUCAGAUGAUUAAGGAAACCGUUACUAUCAUAACAAUACCUACAAAUGACAUUACAAUUGCUUGUAAACAUCCCAAUAGAUUCGAGCUGUUAACUUAAAUAAAAAUUUAUUUA